CGAGGAGCGCAGAAGGCGAGGGGCCAGCGGUCCCGCCCGCAGGCUGGAAGGCGACCGGCGACCCCGCUGGGGAGGCGACGGGGCGGGCCCGCGGCGCGGCCGGGGGCCGGACAGGUGCGCGGGCGGGGGGCGGUGCUUGGGGAUCCUGCGCACUGCGCGCGCCCCUCCCCCAGCGCGGCUCCCGGCGCGGCCCCGGCCCCGGCGCGAGCGGGAGGAGGAGCUGCGGCUUCAGCGGCCACUCGGGCAGGUCGGCGGCGCCACGGGAAGCCGCCGACGGCGCGGGCUGCCUGUCCCAGCGCGCAGGAGGCGCGCGGGCGGCGCUGGGGCCAUGGAGCCUGGUGACGCGGCACGCCUCGGCCCGGAGCGGGUGGUUCGGGCGCUGCCACCGCGGCUGCUGCUGCUGCCGCUGCUCCCGCUGCUGCUGGGUCGGGGGCUGCGCGCGGCGGCCUCAGCCUCCUCCUCUGGGGCGGCGGCCGAGGACAGCAGCGCCAUGGAGGAGCUCGCCACGGAGAAGGAGGCGGAGGAGAGCCACCGGCAGGACAGCGUGAGCCUGCUCACCUUCAUCCUGCUGCUCACGCUCACCAUCCUCACCAUCUGGCUCUUCAAGCACCGCCGGGUGCGCUUCCUGCACGAGACCGGGCUGGCCAUGAUCUACGGGCUCAUCGUCGGGGUGAUCCUGAGGUACGGCACCACUGCCACCAGUGGUCAUGACAAGUCACUCAGCUGCACUCAGGAAGACAGGGCCUUCAGCACCUUAUUAGUGAAUGUCAGCGGGAAGUUCUUCGAAUACACCCUGAAAGGAGAAAUCAGCCCUGGCAAGGUCAACAGUGUAGAGCAGAAUGACAUGCUGAGGAAGGUAACAUUUGAUCCAGAGGUCUUUUUCAACAUUCUGCUGCCUCCAAUUAUUUUCCAUGCUGGAUACAGUUUAAAGAAGAGACACUUUUUCAGAAACCUUGGGUCUAUUCUGGCCUAUGCCUUCUUGGGGACUGCCGUUUCCUGCUUCAUUAUCGGAAAUCUCAUGUAUGGUGUGGUGAAGCUCAUGAAGAUUGUGGGGCAGCUCUCGGAUAAAUUUUACUACACAGAUUGUCUCUUUUUUGGAGCAGUUAUCUCUGCUACUGACCCAGUGACUGUCCUGGCGAUAUUUAAUGAAUUGCACGCAGAUGUGGACCUUUACGCACUUCUGUUUGGAGAAAGUGUCCUAAAUGAUGCUGUUGCCAUUGUACUGUCCUCGUCUAUUGUUGCCUACCAGCCAGCGGGGCUGAACACUCACGCCUUUGAUGCUGCUGCCUUUUUUAAGUCAGUUGGCAUUUUUCUAGGUAUAUUUAGUGGCUCUUUUACCAUGGGAGCUGUGACUGGUGUUGUGACUGCUCUAGUGACCAAGUUUACCAAGCUGCACUGCUUCCCCCUGCUGGAGACGGCGCUCUUCUUCCUGAUGUCGUGGAGCACCUUCCUCUUGGCAGAAGCCUGUGGGUUUACCGGCGUUGUAGCUGUCCUUUUCUGUGGAAUCACACAAGCUCAUUACACCUACAACAAUCUGUCGGUGGAAUCAAGAAGUCGAACGAAGCAGCUCUUUGAGGUGUUACACUUCCUGGCAGAGAACUUCAUCUUCUCCUACAUGGGCCUGGCGCUGUUUACCUUCCAGAAGCACGUUUUCAGCCCCGUUUUCAUCAUUGGAGCUUUUGUUGCCAUCUUCCUGGGAAGAGCUGCACACAUCUACCCGCUCUCCUUCUUCCUCAACUUGGGCAGAAGGCACAAGAUUGGCUGGAAUUUUCAACACAUGAUGAUGUUUUCAGGCCUCAGGGGAGCGAUGGCAUUUGCACUGGCUAUUCGAGACACGGCAUCCUACGCACGCCAGACGAUGUUCACAACCACCCUCCUCAUUGUCUUCUUCACCGUCUGGAUCAUUGGUGGAGGCACGACGCCCAUGUUGUCAUGGCUUAAUAUAAGAGUUGGCGUCGAGGAGCCCUCCGAAGAGGACCAGAAUGAACACCGCUGGCAGUACCUCAGAGUUGGUGUUGAUCCAGAUCAAGACCCACCACCCAACAAUGACAGCUUCCAAGUCUUACAAGGGGAUGGUCCAGAUACUGCCAGAGGAAACCGGACAAAGCAGGAGAGUGCAUGGCUCUUCAGGCUGUGGUACAGCUUUGACCACAAUUACUUGAAGCCCAUCCUCACACACAGUGGCCCCCCAUUAACCACCACUCUCCCAGCCUGGUGUGGCUUGCUCGCUCGAUGUCUGACCAGUCCCCAGGUGUACGACAACCAAGAGCCGCUGAGAGAGGAAGACUCUGAUUUCAUCCUGACCGAGGGCGACCUCACCUUGACCUACGGGGACAGCACAGUGACUGCGAACGGCUCCUCAAGCUCCCACGCAGCCCCCACGAGCGCCGAGGAGGUGCUGGAACGAGACCUGGGAAUGGGAGAGCAGAAGGUUUCCAGCCGGGGCACCCGCCUGGUGUUUCCCCUGGAGGAUAACGCGUGACUCCCCGCCCCGAGCCCUGAGUGACGGGGUAGGCCCACUGGCGGGAAUAGCACAGCAGUUGGUACCAAGUCAAGCCCCAGUCUCUGACAGUGUGAUAGACACUCUCCACAGCAUGGCUUCUCCAAUGCUGGGACAACGUGCUGAGUGGCCUGGUUCGUGGUGACUGACCUGGAAGGGAAGGAACAAAGGAUGUUUGAACUUCAGAACACAGAAAUCCACGGAAAGCCUGUUGAACCUUGAUGACAUAAGGCCUCUUAAAUAUGAAACCUAUAAUCUUCCCUACCUAAGCUGCAUUAUCCAAUGCUGUAGACCCAUACAGAAUCAGUAUCUAUCAUUUCUGCUUGUGACCCAAGAGGUGUUUGGUGAGGAUAAAGAUGGGGGCACCUCUCUUAGUGUGACUGUGCUUUCUGCAGCUGGUGCUGUGGGGCGCCUGUUGAGAAGAAAACUUUCUGAGACCUGCUGGGUAGAGUGGGGUAAGGGCUGGGACUGAAGCUGUACCUUUAGGCACCGACCAUGUAACCAUCCACCUUUCACUUGUGUACUGGUUCGUAUGUGCGAAAUAAAUCAUGCCAACAACGAUCAGCUGUUCUGUAAAACUGAGGCUGUAUAUAAGCAACGAGUCCAGCUUCCUACCUCUGUGGGAUCUGGGCUUUUUCCAUCUUCCAUUAAAACACAUUGCUGCAUCACUUUAUGGGAGCGGCAAAGGGUGAACUGACGAUGUUCAUGCUAGUUCUGCCACCGGUUUCUGGCUUUCUUGUGAUCCUUCCUCUGACCCCGGAUAUGUGCCAAAUUUGACAUCAUUUUCUAAUGUAGUAAAACUUGAUAGAACUACUGAUGCAGCAGAGUUUGGGUAAGGAGCACUUUCAAGGUGAUUAAAAAUGUGCAAUAAAGAUUCACAUUAAGCAUUAGACAAGAACUGAUUUCAUAAAUGCCUUGAGGCCUGUCUCAUGACCUUUAGCAUUCUGUUAGUACUGGUUAUUUACAUAAAGAAAGAGCCAGCAUGUCAAAUUUCAGUUGAAUUUAGUUUAAUAAAAACCAAUUUCCAGACAGGCUGACUGUGGUUCCAGGAAAGGUAGAAUAGAUGCAUUGCUCCUUAUUCCUCCCACAAAGUGUAACUAAAAUUCCCAAAUAUAUUUAUAAGAUGAAGAUAAGACUCUGAAGGAUAGGAAAAACAAGCUGGACUGACUAGGGACCUUGGGAGUUGAGGAACAACACAGGUGUGAGUUGCCUGGGUUUUCUUUUUGCCUCCUCAAUAUCCUAGGAUGGAUGCUGAAGAACCAGCAGGCCAGAAAUACCAAUGGCCAUAGACCAUAAAAGCCCCAUGAAAAGCCUGUUAUCUCUAGCCAAAGGGCAGGGAAAGGGUCAGCCUAGAAAGAACCCAAGCACCUCAAAAAAAAAAAUCCCCCCUCCUGUCAGCAGAGGCCUAGGGGAAGCCAGGGCUUCUGGACUACCACCCCCAUCUGGCAAUAACCAGGUGAUGCACCCCUUCUUCUACCAGCACAUUGUCAGUGGAGGCCUGCUAAAAUAAAUAAAAUUCAGAGAUUCAUAAUAUAUGUUCAAAUGUAUGCCAAAUGUUUAGGAUACAAUAAAAAAAAAUCACUUGUCAAACCAAGAACCAGGGAGAUUUUUGACUUGAAUGAGAGAAGACACCUGACAGAUGCCAACACUGAAACAACACAGAUACUGAAAUUAUCCAAGAAGGAUUUUAAGCUACCAUCAUAAAAAUACUUCAAUUAGCAGUUACACACUUGAAGCAAAAAAAAAAAAUUCCUGGCAAAGAAAUAUAAUACAAAAACGAAAGAGGAACCAAAUGGAAAAUUUAGAACUGUAAAAUACAAUAACCAAAAUUUUAAAAGCUCACUGGAUGGGCCAAAUUGCAGAAUGCAGAUGACAGUAAAGAAUUAGUGAGUCUGAAAAUAUAACUAUAGAAAUUACCCAAUCUGAACAAAAGAGAGAAAGUAGAGUGAAAAAAGAUGAACAGGGCAUCAGGGACCUGUGGUACUACAAUAAAUGAUCUAGUGUUCAUUUUUUUAAAAUUAGAGUUCCAGAAAGAGGGGAUAGCGAUUGAGGCUGAAAAAGUACUUGAAUAAAUACGGCUAAAAAUUUCCCACAUUCGGCAAAAGACCUACAGAUUCAAGAGGUUGGGUGAACCCCAACAAUACCCCAAAGAAAUCUACACCAAGAUACAGCAUAAUCAAAUUUCGGGAAAGUAAAGACAAAGAAAAAAUCUUGAAAGCAACUAGAGAGAAAUGAUGCACUACUUAUGGAAACAAUGAUUUGAAUGUCAGUGGAUUUCAUAUCUGAAACCAUGGAGGCCAGAAGGAAGUGGCAUGACAUUUUUCAAGAGCUGAAAGAAAAUAACUGUCAACUCAGACUUCUAUAUUCCAUGAUAAUAUCCUUCAGGAAUGAAUGUGAAAUAAAGACAUUCUCAGAUGAAGGAAACUAAGAGAAUUUAUUGCCAAUAGAACUGCUGUAAAAGAACUGCUAAAGGAAGUUUUUCCAGCAGAAAAGAAAGGAUAAAAGAAGGAAACUUGAAACAUCAUGAAGAAUGAAUAGAAAGGAUAAAAUAGAAGUAAAUUUAAUAGACUAUUCUCUUGAGUUUAAAAAAUUAUGUUUGACAGUUGAGGCAAAAAUUAUAACAUUGUAUGAUGUAGUUCUCAAUAUACAGAGAGAAAAUAUUAUAAGAGAAUUAUAAAGGGCACAGGAUAAUGGAACCUAAAUGGACAUAAAGUUUCUACACUUCACUUGAGGUGGUAGUAAAAUGUUGAGACCAGUAGGUUGUGAUUAGUUACAUACGUGUAACCUAAGGAAGCCACUUUUUUGUGCAGCAAAGAAAACCAUAAACAAAACGAAAAGACAGCCAACAGAAUGGGAGAAAAUAUUUGCUAAUGAUGCAACCAACAAGGGAUUAAUUUCCAAAAUAUACAAACAGCUCAUACAGGUCAAUAUCAAACAAAAACCCAAUCAAAAAAGGGGCUGAAGAUCUAAAUGGACAUUUCUCCAAAGAAGACAUACAGUGGCCAACAGGCACAUGAAAAAAUGUUCAACAUUGCUAAUUAUUAGAGAAAUGCAAAUCAAAACUACAAUGAGGUAUCACCUCACUUUGGUCAGAAUGGCCAUCAUCAAAAAGCCUACAAAUAAUAAAUGCUGGAGAGGGUGUGGAGGAAAAGGAACCCUCCUACCCUGUUGGUAGGAAUGUAAAUUGGUACAGCCACUACGUGGAACAGUAGGGAGGUUCCUUAAAAAACUAAAAAUAGAACUACCAUAUGACCCAGCAAUUCCACUACUGGGCAUAUACCCAGAGAAAACCAUAAUUCAAAAAGACACAUGCACCCCAAUGUUCAUUGUAGCACUAUUUACAAUAGCCAGGACAUGGAAGCAACCUAAAUGUCCAUCGACAGAGGAAUGCAUAAAUAAGAUGUGGUACAUAUAUACAAUGGAAUAUUACUCAGCCAUAAAAAGAAAUGAAAUUUGAGCUAUUUGUAGUGAGGUGGAUGGACCUAGAGUCUGUACCGAGUGAAGUAAAUCAGAAAGAGAAAAACAAAAUACUGUAUGCUAACACGUAUAUAUGGAAUCUAAAAAGAAAAAAAAAUGGUUCUGAAGAACACAGGGGCAGGACAGGAAUAAAGACACAGACGUAGAGAAUGGACUUGAGGACAUGGGGAGGGGGAAGGGUAAGCUGGGACGAAGUGAGAGAGUGGCAUGGACUUAUAUUUACUACCAAAUGUAAAAUAGCUACUGGGAAGCAGUCGCAUAGCACAGGGAGAUCAGCUGGGUGCUUUGUGGCCACUUAAAGGGGUGGGAUAGGGAGGGUGGGAGGGAGACGCAAGAGGGAGGAGAUAUGGGGAUAUAUGUAUAUAUAUAUAUAUAUAUAUAUAGCUGAUUCACUUUGUUAUAAAGCAGAAACUAACACACCAUUGUAAAGCAAUUAUACUCCAAUAAAGAUGUUUAAAAAAAUCUACGUAAACCGACAUCUAACUUCAUUAUUUAUGGUGAAAGACUGAAUACUUCCCCCUUAAGAUCAGGAAGAACACAAAGGUGUCUGCACUUACCAUUCUUAUUCAACAUAGUGCUAGAGGUUCUAGCCAAUGAAAUAAGGCAAGAAAAAGAAAAGCCAUAUUGAUUGGAAAGAAAGAAAACAGUCCUUAUUUGUGUUUAUAUGAUUAUGUACAUAGAAAAUCCCAAGGAAUACAAAACAAACUCCUAGAACUAAUAAGUGAAUUCAGCAGAUUUGCAGGUACAAGAUCAAUAUUUAAAAAUCAACUUUAUAUAUACUAGAAAUGAACAUCUUAAAACCAAAUUUUAAAACUCAUGCUAUUUAUGAUCGCUCAAAUUAAAUACUUAGGUAUAAAUCUAACAAAACAAUAAAGGACCCGUAUGCCAAAAACUACAAAACACCAAUAAAAGAAAUCAAACAAUCUAAAUCAAUAGAGAGAUAUAACUAUGUUCAUGGAUUGGAAGACUCAAGUAAAGAUGUCAUUUUUUCCCCAAAUUGAUUUAUAGUUUUAACAAUAUUCCUACCAAAUUCUAUCAAUGCCUUUUAUACAUACAGAGAAGCUUAUUCUAAAAUUUAUAUGGAAAGGCAAAAAAACUAGAAUAGCUAAAACCUUUCUGGAAAAGAAUAGAGUAGGAAUAGUCACUCUAUUCAAUAUUAAGCUACAUCUAACGACAUUAAUCACAACAGUGUGAUACUGGUGAGGGACAGGCAGUUCUUAGACAUGACAUCAAAUGCACAAUCUACAAAAGAAAAAAUGAUAAAUCGGAUUUCAUCAAAAUUUUAAAACUUCUGCUCUGCCAAAGAUCUUGUUAGGAUGAAAAGACAAGAUACAGUCUGAGAGAAAAUAUCUGCAACCACAUAUCUGACAAAGGGCUUUUAUCUAGAAUAUACCAAUCACUCUCAAAAUUCAAGAGUAAAAACCAAUCCAGUUAGUAAAUGGGCAAAACACCUGAACCAACAUUUCACCAAAGAGGAGAUAUGGAUGGCAAAUAAGCACACAAAAAGAUGUUCAACAUCACUAGCCACUAGGAAAAUGCAAAUGAGUACAAUAACAUACCACUUCAUACCUAUUAGGACAGCUAAGAUACAACAUAGCAACAAUACCAAGUGCUGGCGAGGCUGCACAGAAAUUUCUCUCUCAUACAUUGCUGGUGGGAAUGUAAAAUGGUACAGCCACCCUGAAAAACAGUUUGGUAGUUUCUUAUAAAACUAAACAUAAUAUACCACACAAACCAGCAAUUCCACUCCUGGGCAUUCAUCUCAGAGAAAUGAAAGUUUACAUCCACACAAAAACCUAUACCCAAAUAUGCAUUGCAGCUUUAUUUGUAAUAGUCCAAAACUGGAAACAAUCCGAAUGCCCUUCAAAUGGGUUAAUGGUUAAACAAACUGUGGUACAUCCAUACCAUGGAAAACUACUCAGCAAUGAAAAGGAAUGAAUUAUUGAUACAUGCAACAACCUGGAUGGAUAUCCAGAGAAUUACGCUCAAUGAAAACAGACAAUCUCAAAAGGUUAUAUAUUGUAUGAUUCCAUUUGUAUAACAAUCUUGAAAUAACACAGUUACAGAGAUGGGGUACAGAUUGGUGUUUGCCAGGGAAAGGGGUGGGAUGAGGUAGGGUAUGCGACUAUAAAGGGAUAGCACAAGAAUUUCUUUUUGCUGAUGGAACAGUUCUGUAUCUCGAUUGUGGUGAUGUUUACGUAUAUGUGAUAAAAUCACACAGAUCUAUGCACACACAUACACACAAAAUGAGUGUACGUAAAAACUGUUAAAAACUGAAUAAG